UCCGCUAUGGGACGCCGCGGCCGCCGGACGUGGUUGCGCAUGCGCACGGGCAUCGCCAACUUGCCGCUGCCACUGCUGCUGCUCGUCAUCAUCGGAGUCUGCCACUGUUCAGGCCAGCAACAGGUUGAUGGUUCGGGAACGAAUGCAGUGGAGCCAUCUACCAACGGUAGCACCAACGGUAGGACACUCUUUGGCGUCUUUUCGAGGCCAAGCUCGUUGCAGAAUGCAGCACCUCCUACAUGUUCCUGCACUUGUGGUGAGCGGAAUGACGGAUCGCGCAUCGUCGGUGGGCAGGCGGCUGACGUGAGCGAGUUCCCUUGGAUGGCGCGGCUCACGUACUUCAAUCGCUUCUACUGCGGAGGCACGCUCAUCAAUGACAGAUAUGUGCUGACGGCGGCGCACUGUGUCAAGGGGUUCAUGUGGUUCAUGAUAAAGGUGACUUUCGGCGAGCAUGACCGCUGCAACUCGACAAUGCGGCCAGAGACUCGCUUCGUAUUGCGGGCGUUCACAGGAGACUUCAGCUUCAUGAACUUCGACCACGACAUCGCGCUGCUCAGACUCAACGACCGGGUUCCCAUCACGCAGGACAUUCGACCCAUCUGCCUGCCACCAAAUGAUGAGAAGCUGUAUGAAGGAACAAAAGCAGUAGCAACGGGAUGGGGAACCUUACAAGAAGACGGAAAAGCUUCUUGUAUACUCCAAGAAGUAGAAGUUCCUGUCAUGACCAAUGAAGAAUGCCGCAAAAACACAAAGUACAGAGAAUCAAUGAUCACAGACAACAUGAUGUGUGCUGGGUACCCCGAUGGCAUGAAGGACUCCUGUCAGGGUGACAGUGGUGGACCUCUUGGCAGGGAACGUGAUGACAAAAGGUUUGAACUCAUUGGGGUAGUUUCCUGGGGCAAUGGCUGUGCACGUGCUGGUUAUCCUGGUGUUUACACAAGAGUCACACGUUAUCUUGAUUGGAUUCGUGUAAAUACAAGAGAUGGUUGUUAUUGUGACCAGUAAACUUGAACAAUGCGGACUUUUAACUAUGCACAUUUACUGUGAUCAAAAACUGGAAACAUUCUCCAUGUAGAGUGAAACACUGGUACAUCAUCAAACACUUCAGCCCAUCAACUAAAUAGAAGAAAAAUAUCUCAGGGAAAUAAAAAUUAUGUGCCAACAGAAAACCAUGCUCCCUAAAUCAACACCAUUCAUUAAAUAUGACAAUAAUUGUAAAUCAGCAUAUGGAUACAGAUAUUCACUGUUAUCAUAGUCAGUAACUUUGUUGGAAAUAUGAUGCUGGGACAAUAUGCAGAAAAUUGCCAUAAAGAAAUCCCCCUUGGUACAGGAGUACCAGUAUCCCACGAUAUGACCACCAUGGUUCUAACAUUGACAGUUAACAUCUCUCUCCUCUAUAAAAUAGUUUUCAGGCUAGGAGAUUGGUCUUACAUGAAAAAUUAACUAAUAUUGAUAAGCAAAGUGUUUCAGCUGAACUGUAGCUAUUAUGAACUUGUUAUAGGGAUGACCAACAUAUAUAGAGUUUUAAAUUAACAGGAAAACUAUUGAUCAACUUGCCAACUGAGAGGUGGAAGAUGAAUUGUUCAGUGAUUUUAGAUUCCUUAUUUAUUUAUUUAUUUUCAUUUUAUGUAUUUAUAUGAUGAUCAAUAGAGAGAAGAGCUUAAUGUGUUUCAUAUGGA